UUCAAAGCGGUACGAUCAUGGGAAACGACGGGACGUAUACCAAUAAACCCAACUUUGACCGCAAGAUAAAUAAAAUACAAAAUAAAAACUAUUCAACCGACGUCGAUCGUAUGUUACGAUAUACACGAUGGUUACUCGAGAUACUCGGCGUCUGGCCGAUGGUGAAAAAGAAUAUAAAAAAAUGGGAACCUCUGACAUCUACGCUGAGAAUAGGAAUGUGCUUGAUGCUUAUCGCUUUUUUCAUGAUACCGUGUACUUUGCAUAUUAUAUUUAUCGAGAAGAAUCCAACAGUCAGACUGACGCUCGUUGGCCCAAUAGGCUUUUGUUUAACCAACAUACUCAAGUAUUGUUCGAUAAUAUCUCGUCGCGAAAUAAUUAAAAGUUGCAUGGAACACGUCGAGUUCGAUUGGAUGCAAAUCGAAACUAAAAAUGAUCACGAAAUAAUGACUAGAAAUGUUAGCAUUGGACAACGUCUGACCAUUGUUUGUGCAACGUUCAUGUACGCCGGUGGCUUUUUUUAUCAUGCAAUAAUGCCGAUAUGGAGCGGCAAAAGCGUAAAUGAACGGAAUGAAACAGUCAGGCCUCUCAUUUAUCCCGGUUAUGACAUAUUUGUUGAUUCCCAGAUGAGCCCGUAUUACGAAUUUAUUUUUUACACGCACAUCGUCUUCUCUUGUGUCACUUCUACUAUCACCGCAACGGCGUGCAAUCUGGCAGCUAUUUUUGUAGCUCAUGCCUGCGGUCAAAUCGAAUUGAUGAUGGCUCGUCUGAGCACCCUCUUCGACGGCAUCGAGGAGACGAGCGAUCUUGUCAAAAUUCGUAUUGAUUCCAUCAUUAAAUCUCACGUCAGAAUGCUCAGGUGA